GGCAGGCAGGGAGGCAGGGAGCGGCGCUCGCGCGCCUCGGGCCCUAGAGGAGACAGCGCGGGGCUGGGCCGGGGCCGCAGGAACCAUGACGACCUCAGGAAAAGAGAAUUUCCGACUGAAGAGCUACAAGAACAAAUCCCUGAAUCCUGAUGAAAUGCGUCGCAGGCGAGAGGAAGAGGGUCUUCAGCUGCGUAAGCAGAAGAGAGAGGAGCAGUUAUUUAAACGCCGAAAUGUCGCAACAGCUGAAGAGGAAGCGGAGGAGGAAGUAAUGUCUGAUGGUGGCUUCCAUGAGGCUCAAAUGAACAACAUGGAAAUGACUUCUAGUGCUGUUAUCACCUCUGAUAUGAUCGAGAUGAUUUUCUCCAAUAGUCCAGAACAGCAGCUGUCAGCUACUCAGAAAUUCCGAAAGCUUCUUUCUAAAGAACCAAAUCCUCCAAUAGAUGAAGUCAUAAGCACACCAGGUGUGGUGGCAAGAUUUGUGGAGUUCCUCAAACGGAAAGAAAACUGCACAUUACAGUUUGAAGCUGCCUGGGUGCUGACAAAUAUUGCCUCGGGGAAUUCCCUUCAGACUCGAAUAGUGAUCCAAGCAGGAGCUGUUCCCAUCUUCAUAGAGCUGCUUAGUUCAGAGUUUGAAGAUGUACAGGAACAGGCAGUAUGGGCUCUUGGCAACAUUGCUGGAGACAGCACAAUGUGCAGAGACUAUGUACUGGACUGUAAUAUUUUGCCUCCCUUACUGCAAUUACUUUCAAAACAGAAUCGUAUCACUAUGACCCGAAAUGCUGUAUGGGCUCUAUCCAAUCUCUGCAGAGGGAAAAAUCCUCCUCCAGAUUUUGCCAAGGUUUCACCUUGUCUUAGUGUGCUCUCCUGGCUGCUCUUUGUCAAUGAUACAGAUGUAUUAGCUGAUGCCUGCUGGGCUUUGUCCUAUUUGUCUGAUGGCCCCAAUGAUAAAAUCCAGGCUGUGAUUGAUGCAGGAGUCUGCAGAAGACUUGUGGAAUUGCUGAUGCAUAAUGACUAUAAAGUAGUAUCUCCUGCCUUACGAGCUGUUGGGAACAUUGUCACAGGAGAUGAUAUCCAGACCCAGGUAAUUCUAAAUUGUUCUGCCCUGCAGAGUUUACUGCAUUUGCUAAGCAGCCCUAAAGAAUCUAUCAAAAAGGAAGCCUGCUGGACAAUAUCUAAUAUAACAGCUGGAAACAGAGCCCAGAUCCAGACAGUCAUUGAUGCUCAUAUCUUUCCAGCUCUUAUAAAUAUUUUGCAAACGGCUGAGUUUCGAACAAGGAAGGAAGCAGCUUGGGCAAUCACAAAUGCAACAUCUGGGGGCUCUGCUGAACAGAUCAAAUAUUUAGUAGAAUUGGGAUGCAUCAAACCACUCUGUGACCUCCUUACCGUAAUGGACUCAAAAAUUGUGCAAGUGGCACUGAGUGGGCUGGAGAACAUCUUGAGGCUUGGAGAGCAGGAAUCCAAGCGCAGCGGCGCCGGCAUUAAUCCUUACUGCGCUCUUAUUGAGGAAGCAUACGGCCUCGACAAAAUUGAGUUCCUCCAGAGCCAUGAGAAUCAAGAGAUUUAUCAGAAGGCAUUUGAUCUGAUUGAGCACUACUUUGGAACAGAGGAUGAAGACAGUAGCAUUGCCCCACAGGUGGAUCUCAGCCAGCAACAGUACAUCUUCCAGCAGUGUGAGGCUCCCAUGGAAGGCUUCCAGCUCUGAGGUGCCUCUGUGCCGUGUGCUCCUCUACCUAGCCAAUCCUGUUGUCGAGCCACAAGCCACCUGUGGAGUGAUUCUCUCAGUGUUUUCCAUAACCCUGUUUGCGCUCAUUUGCUUGCCUUGUGCACAUUCUCUUACAUACGUCUGGAAAACUUUCGGCUCUCUGUGGCAGGAUGCCCCCUUCUUGGCAAGGGGUUGCCUGAAUCACACUUCUUCUCUAGAUUCUGAACCUCUCCACUGUCAUCUUCAUGAGGUUGAGGCACAUUUCUAUACUUUGAGAUAUUCCCUGCUCCUAUUACAGGAAAAGAAUCCCACCUCCACUAGCCCCCCGCACUCCUGGCAUCCAAAGUAAGGCUGCCUUUCUCAUGUAUUUACUGCAGUGUGUGCCUGCAGUUCCAGGGAGACUUUCAGACUUUCUGAGAACGUGGCUGAAUUCAUUUCCCAUACUUUUCUCUGGAUGCCUCCUCGGAUCGCUGUGUGAGUUGCGUUAAAUCUUCAUAUGGAAUGUAUCUCCUUCGCUGUAUGUGCCAGCUGGAGCUAUUGGAAUAUAGAUCGUUGCAAAUAAUGGAAUAAGUCUUCUAUCCCCUGCAACAACAAGCUCCAAUGGAUGUGUUUUCUGGUUUUUAGGAAUACUGAACACACAUGGCCCUACCCCUUCUCAACACUGAGCUCUCAAUGUGGACUGCAGACCACUGUGGAGAUCUGCGUAUCUUCUCAGUCUUUCCAUCCACAAAAAGGAACCUGUGAAUAGGUCACUCCUACCACUUCCCCAGAAAUGACUUUUUGAAAUAGCUUUUAGAAUGGAGAAACUACUCUCAUUUUGCUUGCCAGCACAGUAUAAUCCGGCCAGGCCUACCUUAAAAUCCAGCCCUUCCUGACUUUGUGCUACAAAGUCUGGUCCUUGGUUGUAAAGUUAUGGCUGAAAAAUUUCUAUUGCCUCUUAACAUUUUUACACAGCUUGACUUGAACUGAGUUCUGAAAAAUUAUCUUCUGAACACAAAAUCUUAAUUUGUAAAACUUAGCACAGGGAGUGUUAGAUCUCCUUUUCAUUUUCACAAGACAAGAGCUUCCUUUCCAACUUGCCUAAAAGAGUCCUACUGGUCAAGCCUCAUAUUUAAGAACUAAAAUGACUCUAUGCUCAAAGGAUAGUCAAUAUUACACCCAGAUCCACCUGGCCCUUUCAUUUCAUUAUUUCUUCUGCUGUUUAUGGGACUUCAGGUGAACUGGCAUGGAAUGCUUGAUUCCUACAGGUGACAUCUGUAAGGCAUUGCUGACUGCAUGACAGCUGUCAUCCACAGCUGUAGACUGCCCUUCUGCUAGCAGCAUGUUCUUGGCUCCGCAAGAUGCUUGGAUCACAGACAUCUGAUGCAAAGGCCGGCCACUCCUCACUGAGUUCAGCUGACAUUGACACCAAGCUCUUCAAAAAGGGGGACAUGCCAUGUGAUUGUAAGUGGCAGUUCCAUUUCUGUAAAGGCAAUGGGUUCUCCAGGCUAUCUGCCUCCCUCAACCCCAGCAAUGGGCUAUGUUCUUUCAAGCCAUUUGGAACAUUUGCAACACACAUUUGUCCAGUGUAAACAUUUCAAAAAUGCCUCUGAUAUCUGCAGUGUCAUGUACCUGUGGUAAAUGUUAGUGGCAGAACUGUCUGCAAGAUCCUCCUUAUGACUCCUCUCAGUGACAAGCCACUGCAAAAGCAAAAAACAGUCCACUGUAUACAGAAUAAUACAAAUAAAUAAAAUGCUUGUCAAAGUGCUGAAAGAAGCUAGGCAAAGGCCUGAACACAUCAACUCUGCGUCAUCAUUAUUUAAAUACAAUCUUUGGUUCUGUCUGUGCUUCAGGAUGGAGACUGACCUGUGUGGCUGCUGCAGAAGCCACCUGCUGCCUCCCUAGCUAAGCCAGUUGGCCUCCCCCUUCCCUCUCCCAGUUAUUUUCUAGUGCUGCUUUGUGCUGAAGGAACAUUUAGUUUACUGCACUUGAUCUGUAAAUGAACUUUGAUUCUUUGUAAUCUUAGGGGGUUAAAUUUGGUGGUUAAUUUAAAAACAAAAACCCUCAAUGUUGCCUUUACAUCACAUAUAAAUAACUGUGUUUCUCUUUUCUUGAAGGGUGAUAGAAGCACUGAUUAGUAGCAAAAUCUUGUUUUAGCUUUUGGAUUUUUUUGUGCUGGAUUUUUUUACGUGUAAAUUUCCAAUAACAUGUCAUUUCUAUAA